ACAAGAGAAUAUGCUGUUGCUUUUUUCUGUGUUCCGUAUCGAUAUGUGUUCAUUUUGGGAAGACUCGUUGUAAUUGGUGCAGUUAACACUUACCUGUUCUGCGUCUUAUAGUGGUUCAGUUUAGCAAAACAGAUGGUAAUUCGAAGGUUAGAGUGUCAGUAAGCAAGUUUUUAAUUGUAAGCUGCCCAGAGUCACCCUCUGGGGGAGAUGGGCGGCAUAUAAAUUUAAUAAAAAAUAAAAAAUAAAUAAACCUCUAGUGGCCACAGACCAAAUGUGGAUGCAGCCCUUAACAUUCACUCUCUAGUUUCUGUACUGAGAGGUAGCUAUUGACUUUCCCAUCCAUUUUCUAGGGUCAUAGGCUACAGCUAAAUAGCUUUAGGCAGUAGCUGAUAGCUCCCUGCCAUCUAGUGCACAUUUUUUUUACUGCUAUAAUUUUGGAAAUUUCUAUAUUCUUCAGACAGAGGUACUGAAGGAGUAUGUUAUAAGAAGUAACUCUUUCUUGAGUGGGCUAGCAUAGGUGAGGGUUUCACAUUUUCUGGCACACGUACUGGCACAUUUUCACAUUUAGUUUUAUGUGCCAGUACGUAUGCUUACAUGUUACAUACUAUUUUUAAAAAAACAUGUAUUAUAGAGAAUAAAUUUGUAAAACCAUUCACACUUUGGAAAAAAAUCCAAAAAUCCGUAGUCAAACAACACUUUCAUUAGAUCAACUGAACUGUUACCAAAAGGUAUGCAGGUUUCUAAGAUCUCUAGAAAUUGUCAGGCUAAGUGUUUGAAAAAAAGGAAACAGGAAAUUCCUUUUUUAAAGCACUUUUCACUUUGAAAACAUAACCAACUUCUUGAGCCUUUGUGCUAAUAGCCUUGUGCUAUUAAUGUCUUUUACUAAGUCAGCGUUUCUCAAUCUCAGCAUCUUUAAGAUGUGUGGACUUAGAAUUCCCCAGCCAGCAUGUCCACACAUUUUAAAGGUGCUGAGACUGAGAAACGUCGUGCUGAGUCCUUCUAGCUGCCUCGGCCUCCUUAAUGACUCCAUUGUGCGUCUCAGCUUUACCUUGAGUCUCUGUCCAAACUAAUCUUCUCUUUUGCCUUCUGGCUUCAUGUGGUAACCAGGUUUUCUUACAGAAUUCUUUCUCACGGUGCAUAAUGAACCCGUGGAGUCACUACUGAAGGUUAUGGAUGGCUAACGGGUGGCUUUGAAAAAAUCUUGAAUUCAAGAAAGAUAAGGCUCUUGACAUUUGCUAAGCAUGAUGAUAUUGUAUCGCCUGUAGUAAUGGAGGCCAUUGCCGAGAAACACAAGUGGUGUGCUCAUCUUGUGAGCUUCUCAGGAGCAGCCGGUUGGCCACCAUGGGGCAAGAGGAAGAUGGAUUAAGCUAGUCUUCUUUUCUGAUCCAGCACGUCUGUUCUUAAAUGUUAUAACUCUAACAAAUGCUUCUCUGCCCACUUCUUUAGCUGUCUUUCUUUUUUGAAGUGAACUGUGGGGCCCCAGGACCACGUGAAGGCAACUGGCGGAGGUGUCAACCACAUCCCUGCCUUUGUCUCCUACAGCUAAAGUACUUCGUUCCUGCCCACUUGCAUUCCUCAUUCACCUUUUGUCGAUCCAUCAGCGGCAGUUCGCACAGAGAUUUCCUGGCUGAUAUUUCACCUUUCCACAUGACCAUCACAAGGAGAACAUUCAGAAACCACGCAAAAAAGAAAAUGUCUGGAAAGCUGGAUGUGGAGAAGUGGGCUUGGUGAUCAGCUGGAGUCUCGUGGGCAUGAGAAAUGACGGAGAUCAUGGUCGAUGCCAGCAAGGAGCAUGCGGGAACAGCAUCUCAGUCACAGCAUACGGCAGUGGGAAAACAUGGCAGUCGCCUACCACUUCUGGACAGGCUCUCAGCAACGAGGGGCGUUUGGGAGCUUCUGGAUGUCCAGCCAGAGCAAGUCAAGAGGCUGCUCUCAUCGCACCAACCUGGGUCAUUCAUCAUUGCUAGAAAUGGAAAUGAAGGCUCCAGAACACUUUUCCUCCGGAAUCCAGGAAGUGAGAAUGAGGCGGUUUGCCUUUUUCCUCUUGAGGAGAGUUCAGCUGUUCACCUCAAGGGUUCUCAACUGUAUUUCAGAAACCUUUUGGAACUGGUUGGCUUUCAUUUUGUGAGCAGGGAUAUCCUGCCCUGUUUGCUCAGGAUCCCCCACAUCUUUCAACUUCCUUGCAGAGCUGAUUUAGAUGCAGUCGCCACCUUGGGCACAACAUUCUGGACAAUGCCUCUUAAACCUGGUGAUUGCCUGGCAUCAAAUGAAGCAGAAGCAAGCUCCGCGGAACCCAAUGGGGAUCUGUUGAAAUCCAGGCAGCCCUCAUGCUCCAUCCGAGUGACGUCUGAGAAUGCGGCCCUGUGCAUCGUGAACCCGCUCUUUCUCUCCGUGCACAGUGAUAUCGAAUGGCUUGACCUUGCCCCCAGCCUGUGCCGCUCGAGCAGCAAGAGGGGGUCCCUGCAGCUCUCCAAUGGCUUAGCAAAGCAAGAAGGCCCAGUUAGUUUAAAACAUCUGGGAUCUCUGGAAAAGGAAGAGGAGAUGGUGAAAGAUCCUCUGUCCUGCUCAGCCUCUGCACGACGGAAGUUCCUUUCUCGCAGACCGUCCUGGAAUAGUUCUGAAACCGAGGAGCCGCCGUGGUCCCCCAUUCUGCCCCAGAAGGAGAUCCGGUCUCCACACCGUGUUUCCUGGGUGGAAGGGAUCUCUGCUGACGCUCUUCCAUGCUGGCCCCUGCAAAAGGCCCAUUCAGAAUCAUUGCUGCUGAAUGACUCCAUGCUGCUGCCUCUUAUUCCUGAACUGGAUUCGCUCUCUGUCAGCAGCGUGGAGGAUGAGGGAGAAGGGCUUCCUCCUGCCACCCCCUCUUCACAGAAGAGACCGCGCUCCUCCUCCUCCACCUUCACCCACAAAGUGCUUUACCGUCUCUCGGCCAUGAGCAAUGCCCUCACUGGCUUCCUCUCGCUCGAGCGCCGGGUCUCCAAGCGGGUGCAAGAGCUGGCCCAGGAGUCUACAUCUGUGGUGGGAGGUCUCGUACAUAACUUUGUGGGGCACAUUCUGCGAGGUGCUGGGACACGGCACCCCACCAGCACUGAGAUGCUGCAGGAAAUACGGCAGAUGAUCAGCAACCUGAAGGGCUACCUAUGCGAGAGCUCUGAUCUGCACACGGCCUAUAGUGAAUACGGUGAAGCUGAGGAAAUAGACCUAGGUUCUGUGGUGGAAGGCGCCCUCUACAAAUGCAUCCUGAAGCCACUGCGGGAUUCAAUUUAUGCCCAGUUGCUGGACUUCCGCACCCAUGAUGGAACUCUGAACCGCUUGCGUGAAAAUCAGGUGACCUUGAGCCAGCAAAGCUUGGGAGAGCUCGGAGUGGCAGCCAGUGUGCCCGACGGGGCUUGCUUGGAGCGUAUCCAGACCAAGCUGAGUCUCCUGCACCAGGCCUAUUCGCCCAAGAAGAAGGAGACCCAGAUGCUGAAGAUCUGCAAGAUGCUCUACGAGGCCAUGAACCUCAGUUGUGAUAAGGCAGAGCCAUUCGGUGCUGAUGACUUCCUGCCAGUUCUUAUCUACGUGCUGGUGCACUGUGAUGUGGUGUCAGUACAGCUGGAUGUGGAGUACAUGAUGGAACUGAUGGACCCCAGUCAGCUGCAGGGAGAAGGCGGCUACUACCUCACUACUUGGUUCGGGGCUCUCUAUCACAUUGAGAACUUCCAGGCAGCUUCCACCAUCACCAGACAGAUCAGCGUGGAGGCCAAGCGCUCCAUCCAUCAGUGGCAUCGCCGCCGCACCAUCCACCAUCACCGCCGCAAUUUGCAGAACAUCCUUUAUGUCUCCUUCCAUGAACCCUUCAAUAACCAAAAGACCAUCUCAGUUCCUCCCAAUAUGACAACGGCGUUGGUCUGUGCAGCAUGUGCUGAGAAGUAUGGCAUCUCUGAUGGUGCAGACUAUGGCCUUUUCUUGGUAUCAGAAAGCUCCUCUGAACUCUUAACAGAGGACAGCUAUCCACAGAAGAUCCGUGCAGAUCUUCUCCAAUCCCAAGGGGGCCGUGGCAAUUUUGUUUAUAAGCCCAAAGAUAGACCCCUGCCUGCCUUUGGUUCCUCUCUUCUUCAGGAGGCUGUCAGCUUGACUGAGUCCCACAAGCCUCUGGAAAGUGUGGGUGUGGAGCAGUCGGAGGUGGAUUGACUGUGGCCUUGGAACUUUCCAGAAAUGUCCUUUUGUCAUCUUCUGGCUUGACAGAAAUCUGAGAAAAGGCUGCGAUUCCAGGGAAUAAAGUUUCAGACAAGAAGAAGACUCUUGAGCAGAAGAUCUUGGGAGUAGCUGUCAUCAGCUCUGAAACUAGUAAGGGCACAGGAGUGGGGCGGACCUGUUAGUUGUUCUUCCCAGCAUCACCCUCUUCUAGUUUUCCUCAUUCUGGUUCGUCCCCACCCAAAAUGAGUUUUCCAAUCAACAUUUCAAGAAUCAACCCAGAGUAACUGGGAGAAAACUGCAAAUUGUGUCAUCAGCUCCAGGCUGCGAAGGUGUCUUGCUUUUACACAUGGAUUUCUUCUCUCCCUUUGCUCAAGUCUUUUAUUAUCAUCUCUGAUCAGGUUCUCCAGAGCCUUGAAAGUUGGCCCUGUGUCUCAAAUUGCACACGCUGAGUACACUUUGCUACAUUCCCAGUGGGGCUAGAAGGCUUUUUUGCCCACCCAAGAGAGACUGUCAAAUUGAUUAUGGAAAAGUCAAUCUGAACAUAUUGGUUUAAUUUUACAUAUGACCUUUUUACGUAUGGCCUUUUCUUAGCUUGGAA